GUCGUUUCCAAGAUACUCAAAAUAUACAUACAUAUCUACAAGAAUCGAUAGAAGAAUAUAUAGGUUCAGGGCUCGGCAAAAUCCAAGCUUACGUAGGAACAAAGAGAACCAUAUUAACUACGGAAGUUAGUAGAACUUUAUAACUACAAAGUAACAAAGUGAAACCAAUGAAACAAAGUUGAUAGUAGCCAGAAUGUCUGCUUCAGGAUAUACGAAUAUGGGACAGAACAGUUGGCAUAGCAUGCCGCAUCACGAGACUCAUAACCAGUUGCGCUCACUACGCUCGCGCUCAGCUCCUAUUCGGAGCAGCAAUAAUGUCCCUUUUCCUGGCUUUUGCAAUAAGGUUGCGUACUAUUCUGUAUAUCCGCCAUCAGCGCCGCUAUAUCUUCUUUCAAUUUCCAGUUUAUCUCAUAAAUCUAAAGGUUUCGGUCAGAAACCAAAAGUAAUGAUUGACGAAGGCAAGAUAAUAGCUCAACAUGUGUUACAAUUGGUUAUUAAGUCAGUUGUUCAUAAAGUUGUGGCUCACACGUCCGUUAACACAGUCUCGGUCGGGUCCUCAGUCCAUAUCCUAACCCAAAACGUUGCAAUACAAACUGGACUCGUAGCUGCAAUGAAUAGACACGUAAAUAACGAGUGCAUCAGUUCAAGUUCCAGUGCUGAAAGUUGCAUGGAGUGUGAGGAGAAAUGGGUCAAAGAUUUACGUACGCUUCGCAACUCGCACGUACGCCUCGUUUUGCGCCAACUUCGACAAUUGCAAGACAUUGAGCGGCUAUGUGGUGUUUUUACCACCAAAAACUUACCUCGAAUAGUUUCAUCUUCACGUCAAGAUCUAGGAAGUAUAGAAACAAGUAUUUGACUUUGGAAAUCAACGCUAUUUUUGAU